GCAGCGGCUCCGGCUCCCUCGCAGCUCCCGGCCGCCUCCGAAGGGAUGCUGGAGAAACUAGAGCUCGAAGAUGAAGCACUUGAAGAAUCGGAAAGUGACAUUUAUGUGCGAUUCAUGAGGUCACACAAGUGUUAUGACAUUGUUCCAACAAGCUCUAAGCUCGUUGUUUUCGACACUACGCUACAAGUAAAGAAAGCCUUUUUUGCCUUGGUGGCAAAUGGUGUGAGAGCAGCUCCACUGUGGGAGAGUAAAAAACAGAGUUUUGUAGGAAUGUUAACAAUUACAGAUUUCAUUAACAUACUACAUAGAUACUAUAAGUCUCCAAUGGUUCAGAUUUAUGAAUUGGAGGAGCACAAGAUAGAAACCUGGAGGGAGCUUUAUUUACAAGAGACAUUUAAACCUUUAGUGAACAUUUCCCCAGAUGCAAGCCUUUUUGAUGCUGUAUAUUCGUUGAUCAAAAACAAAAUCCACAGAUUGCCAGUUAUAGAUCCAGUCAGUGGAAAUGCACUUUAUAUACUUACCCAUAAAAGAAUCCUCAAGUUCCUCCAGCUUUUUAUGUCAGAGAUGCCAAAGCCUGCCUUUAUGAAGAAGAAUCUGGAUGAACUUGGGAUAGGAACGUAUCACAACAUUGCCUUCAUACAUCCAGACACUCCUAUCAUUAAAGCCUUGAAUAUAUUUGUAGACAGAAGGAUAUCGGCGUUACCUGUUGUGGAUGAGUCAGGAAAAGUUGUAGAUAUUUAUUCCAAAUUUGAUGUAAUAAAUCUUGCUGCUGAAAAAACGUAUAAUAACCUAGAUAUCACGGUGACACAAGCCCUACAGCACCGCUCUCAGUAUUUUGAAGGUGUUGUAAAGUGUAGUAUGCUGGAAACACUGGAGACCAUUGUGGAUAGAAUAGUGAAGGCUGAGGUUCAUCGUCUGGUGGUAGUGAAUGAAGCCGAUAGCAUUGUGGGUAUCAUCUCCCUUUCUGACAUCCUACAGGCUUUGGUACUCACACCUGCAGGUGCCAAACAGAAGGAGAACGAGAGCGAAUGACUGCUGUGAAUGUACAUGUUUGUAGGAGAACUUGAACAAAGUUUCUGGGUCAAGUUUGUCUCAAGAGCAGUGACUGCAAUAGAACAGAGCAGGAUGGUUGAGAAUGUGUAUUGGGACUUAGUGACGGAUGAUGAGUCUCUUCCCCCAGUGAUGUCGCAAAAAAAAAAAAAGCAGCAUGACAAAAGCUUAUGUUAAAAUGUAGGCUCGUAUUUCAAAAUGUCUUCAAAACAUUUGCUGGAAGACUUCACAUGAUGUCCUUCAUUAAAAUGCACUGUAUUCUGAAACUUUUUCAUUUUGUAUUUGACAGAAGUCACUGGUCAGCAAUGGAUAUAUGUGGCAUAAGGCAAGUGUAUGGCAUAUUCAUAUCAUAGUGCCUUAUGUCAAAAUACAGCAAUAUGUCAUCACUGUUGCCCAUCACUGUCAAAGGAAGUGUUGUGCUAAACGAGACACUGUAUUUGAAUGUGAAAGUCUUUAAACCUAAAACCAAAUCAGUUUCAGUUCUCAUUAGAUUUGUCAUAAAAGCUGUAAUUUGGGUAUCGGUAGACUUCUUUAAAACUUCAAUGACAGUUUUGUGUUCAAUGUUGCAUUCUGAACUGAAAUGUAAAACAAGACUGAUUUAAAAACAGCUUUAUUUAUUUUUACUUUCAUGACAAUUUUUUACACAUCUUUGGUGGAUAGCUAAAAUUUCACCAUAUCCAUUAAUAAACUGUUGAUUGUUAUACAAACAAGUGGGAGAUUUUUCUCAUUAUUUAAAACUUCAGAGUUGCAGAAGCUGUGGCCUGUUGAUCAGUCCGUGUUACUUGAGCUGAGGAUUUCAGAAGCAUGGAUUGAAAGUGAUCUGUACUGUCAUACACAGGCACCACGGAGGAAAUGAGGUGCCAGAGGACAAUAUUUUCAUCUGUAUUAAAGUGUAAAAUGAUGUUUGUACAACAAAAACCCAAAACUUUUUAUUGUAUAUGAUCUGUACAGAAGCGGAGCAAUGAGGAGAGCUGUGGGGUAUUUGCUAAUGUAAAUGUACUGUAAAGUUUGAAGAUGAGACUUUUAUAACUGUAGAUUCUUGUAGAUGGAAGAAAUUAAACCCUACAACAUCA